AUCCCAAACAGUAUAAAAAAUCUUCUGCUUCCUCGAGAAGGCUAACAAUAAUUUCUUGUCUCUGUAGCUUCUAUUUUCUCUCAAUCAAAGAGAAAAACAAUGUCGACGGGCCGGAAAUUUAUUCUGAAAAGCUCAGACGGAGAGUCAUUUGAGGUCGACGAAGCCGUAGCCGUUGAAUCGCAGACUAUAAAACACAUGAUUGAAGAUGAUUGCGCUGAUAACGGUAUCCCUUUACCUAACGUCACAAGCAAGGUUCUUGCUAAGGUGAUCGAGUACUGCAAAAAGCACGUUGAGUCCCCUAAAUCGGACGAUCGUCCUUCUUCUGCUGCUGAUGAUCUUAAAGCUUGGGAUACUGAAUUCGUCAAAGUUGACCAGGCCACUCUCUUCGAUCUCAUCCUGGCUGCCAAUUAUCUGAACAUCAAGAACUUGCUGGACCUCACUUGUCAGAGAGUGGCUGAUAUGAUCAAGGGCAAGACUCCAGAAGAGAUCCGCAAGACAUUCAACAUCAAGAAUGACUUUACACCAGAGGAAGAGGAGGAGGUUCGGAGAGAGAACCAGUGGGCAUUUGAGUAGAAGGAAAGAAGUUCAACCUGUAUUUCUAAUUGCCUUCUGUGUUGGACAUGGAUGGAUGUUAAGGUUUUAAUGCUUUGCAAACAAUUUCCAUUUUGUUUCCAUGUCCCUUGUCUCUCCACGUCAGUUUCACUGUGUUGAUAUGGUAUAUGUCCUUGCCUUGUAAUUUCUUUGUGUUUUAGAUGACCUAAUUAUGCCAUCUGUGAUAUGCUAUCGUUGUUUCACCA